AGCUGUCCAUUGUUGUCUUUUCGUUUUCCCCGGUACAUGUGUAUUUUUGUUUUUGUCUUUCAUUUCAAUUAAAUUUACAUUUCUAACAAAUAAAAAACAGUGAAAACAACAAAAUAAUCGCCACCCAAACAACGCCUGUCAAUCAUCAUCAUGCAAAAAGAGUAAAACAAACAAAGAAAUGCGUUAGCCAGCCGCCCAUUACAUGCCAGUGAGUGAUGAUGUUCCCUAGACAAGUUCAUUUUUAAAAUUCUCUUCUCACAAAUUCUCAUAAUAAUGCAAUGUUGUGAUGCAAUAAAAAGAUAAAUAAUUGCAACAUUUGGCCGCAUGCCUCUCGAUUGGGCCAUAUUCCCUUUAUAAGUACAUCAAAUCAAGCCAUUCAUUGCAAGACGUGAACAAGACGAUCUACAUUUUCGAUUCGACUUCGCAAGUACUGCAAAUAAUCACAUAUCCGAUGGGAUAAGAACAGCGACACGAAGAGGAAAGACCUUUCAUAAAUUAAAAUUGUCAACAAACAAAAACGAAAAAACAGUUCAACGACGACAUCUUCGCUGCCACCACAACCUUUAUUGUUAGCCAACAUUCGAAUGUUCAGCUGUUGAAUGUCUCAUUAUUUGAAAAGAAUAAACAUUCGCGGUCACCGCUGCAACACGUCCCUUGACGCCGCUGUGGCCCUCCUGCGCCAAGAAGUACAUGCCAUUCGCAGCCGCAUUGAUAACAAAGACAUUUAACAUUAAUUCGCACAACAUAAAAUAUCUUAAGACUGCCAAUUGCAAUUUGUUUGCUGUUGCAUGUUCUCACAGAAAUUUCACCAAAUGACGAAUAAGUCCCAAAAAUACCAACGGCAGACGAUACAACAAAGUACCAGACAAUCAGAAUCUCUUCUACCAAUUUACUGCUGCAACAGCGACGUCGAGCCGAGUAUAUCGUCCGCACUAAUUAAAUCGUCAUUGCGUUGGCCAAUUCAAUUGUUGUGCCGCAUAAAUCAUUAUUGUUGUUAUCAUCAUCGUAAUUGCCUUCGUCGUCAAUGUCAGACAUUCGGACAUCUGCUGAGCACACGUAUUACUCAGUACCAUUGCUGUAACGACUGUAGUGAUUUUAAUAAUUUGAAUUUUCACACAUUGUUAUCACUGCCGAUUUUGCUGUCUACCGUCGCUCUCAUCGCUAAUAGCUGACCAUGAAUAAACGUACCGUUAUAAUAAUUGUUGCUCUCGUCACCAUUCUAUGUCUGGCCGUCGGGGGCAAUCUUUACUUUAUGUACUAUCUCAAUGCUCAAGAUCCAGCACUGUCAAGCACACGAGCUCUCGAGAAUGUUAUUCGACACAAAAUUAGGCAUUUGAAACCAGCCUAUUUGAAUCGAAAUCCUCGUUUCUUUAUGUAUCGCAACAAGUUGUUGAAAAACUAUAGACCAGCCUCCUAUGAAAAUGCUUCAGUAUUAUGGGACAUUGCAAAUUGGUGGCCUCAUGAAAACGAAAUAUAUCCUUUGUAUGAUUCAUCAAUGGGUCAACUACUGCAAACUUUGCGCAACGAACCUAUAACGAAAGUAAACAACUUGUCACGCGGCACUCAACUCAAACUAUUGAUGCGUCUAUCCAAUCAACAAAAAGUGAUUUUCAAGCCCCAGUGGUAUCCACGUGACAUCGUGAUAGACGGUCCAGUGUAUGGCGGCAAAGAUCGUCACACUGCCGAAGUGUAUGCCUUUUAUUUGGGUGCAGUUCUAGACUUUCGUUGGACACCAAUUGUAGUGGGUCGGGUGGUGAACCUAAAAACUGAUAUUUAUGAUAGAGGCGAUAGCGAAUUGCAAAAUACCAUGACCAUAACACCGGGAGAAAACGAGACGGAACAGUAUUGCCUCUUCGGUAAAUGUCAUUACUGCAACGAGGAAGAGACGGUGUGUGGCGAUGAGAAUAAUAAUAUUGAGGGGGUGCUUAUUUACAUUAUACCCGGCCAACUGGCCAAACGACGUUCACCUUGGCAAAGGACAUACAAAGAGGACAAACGGGCACCCUGGGAAGAUGAUAUGAACUAUUGCAAAUCUUUGAAGGGCAAAAUGGAAAAUAUACGGCUACUGGAUCUUAUUGAUGUAGCUAUAUUUGAUUACUUGAUACAAAAUGGUGAUAGGCAUCACUAUGAGACACGCGAAGAGCGAGUAGUUCUCAUAGACAAUGGCAAAGCCUUUGGUAAUCCAAAUAAAGAUCACUUAGAUAUUCUGGCACCAUUAUAUCAAUGUUGUUUAUUACGAGCCUCAACAUGGGAACGUUUACAGGUAUUCUCUGGAGGUGUUCUGACCGAACUCAUUGAUCGUUUGUCCAAGAACGACGCCCUAUAUCCUUUGAUAACCGACAAACACAAACGUGGUGUAGAACGACGUCUUCUGGUUAUCUUUGCAGUUGUUGAAUACUGUAUGGAUCGCGAAGGCGAAAAAAUGUUUAAAAACUUAUAAAACUAAAAAAAAAAAUAGAAAUAUCGUUGAAAUUGAAUUUCAUCUGUGACUGGUAACAAUGAUCCGUUUAAAGCAUAUCAUAAGCUAAAUAUUCAAAAAAAAAAAAAAAAAAAAAAAAUUAAUUAAUUAAUUAAGGAAAAAAGACAAUUUUAUGUAAAUCUUUGUAUAAAAAUCGACGGAUUUAUUUUAUAAUUAAUGAUGUAAAAAGAAACAUUUUAGCUAGGACUUAUAGUAAUGUAAUUGUUUGUUCUCUAGAUAGUGUAUCAAUAAUGUGUUUUUUUUUUAUUAUUUAAUUAUAACUGUAAAGCUAUAACAACUGCGUAACCUUUUCAUGCGAACUGCGUUUUUCUGCAUUGACACAUGCACUCAUUGAACAAUUGUCUUUAAAAAAGUUUUUCCCUUGUUAGCAUCAAAACGAAGUAGUUCAACAUGAAGUACUCUUUUCGCUAUUUUAUAUUGAAGUAGUUCAUGCGGAAUUACGUUUGAUCGAUUUUAAAAAAAUGUUAGUGUUUUAUGGCAGUACCAUUAUUGACUUCCCACACAUGAUAUGUCCUUAAAUGCACAUCUUAAUCUAUUUGUGCUCAAGUCCUUCCGCUCUCUGUCAAUAAUGAAAAUAUAUGGGGCCAGUUUUCAUUUCGAAUGAAACGCAUUAUUUAAACUUAAAUAUGUUUUUUUUUUCUAUUUCAGUAUUUAUUAUUAUUAAAACACAGAGACAAGUCUUAAGUGUACAUACUCAAAUAUAUAAUAUGUAGAAUAGAAAAUAUUUUAUUUCAUUUCAGUUCAUUUUCGUAUUUCUAACGAAUCUAUGUAGCUAGGUUAGGUAGUAAAAAUGAUAAAUAACUAUUUUUUACUUUUUACAUUUGAAAAUGUAAAUAGUUUAUUAAAUUUCUUAUUUUGCGCCUUGUUUGAAUUGCUCUGAAAAAAGAAGAAUAAAAUAAAGUAUUAAAUAUUUUUUUCCUUUA